UUGUAUAUAUGAGAUUUACAAGUUACAACAAUCCAUCUUUCUCCAAGAUGAGGAAAGUUUCUUUGUGCCUAUCAGAAUCAUAAGCUCUCUCUUUCACUUUCCUCUUGCCCACUUGGUCUCUCCUUUCCCUUUCUUCUUCUCCAAAUAACUUUCCAUAUAUUUGUGUAAAAUCUCUAUUACCUUAUCUUAUAAAUAUAACAAAAAGGCAGGCAUAAUUUUCACGACACCGUUUUCUUCGCCCUUUUGCCUUCACUCACCAUUGAAGCGUCGAAAAAGGUGAAACUAUGAAGACUACGCGGCUUCUGGAUCUAACGGCGGCGAUGGUUCUUCUCUUCUACGUGGCCUUAUCUCCACCGCUUGCUUGCGGCGACCCAGGGCAGCGUGUUAGCAUGACACUAGUUCGAGGGGCCGCUGCUCUUGGUGCUUUUUGCUUGGACGGUAGCUUACCAGCGUAUCACUUGGACAGAGGCUUCGGUGCUGGCUCAGACAACUGGCUUUUGCAGUUUGAGGGAGGAGGAUGGUGCAAUGAUAUAGCAUCAUGCAAGGAUAGAUCAAAGACCCAUCGAGGCUCGACACGUUUUAUGACCAAAACCGCCGUCUUCACUGGAAUCUUGAGCAAUAACGCCUCUUUAAAUCCAGAUUUUUAUAACUGGAACAAAGUCAGGCUGAGGUAUUGCGAUGGAGCUUCGUUUGCGGGAGAUAGACAAGUUGGCAACGGGACAUCAAUGCUUUAUUUCAGAGGACAACGUAUAUGGAAUGCCAUCAUUCUUGACCUUCUACCCAAAGGUUUAGCCAAAGCUGAAAAGGCUCUUCUUACUGGCUGUUCAGCUGGUGGCUUGUCUACAUUUUUGCAUUGUGACAACUUCACGAGCUAUCUGCCAAAAACCGCGGACGUUAAGUGCAUGAGCGACGCUGGAUUCUUUUUAGACGCAAUCGAUGUAGCAUCAAACCGGACAAUGAGAUCGCUCUACACUCAGCUUGUCUCUCUACAGGGUGUACAAAAAAACCUCGAUCCAGAUUGCACACAUGCGUUCUAUCCCGAACCAUCUUUGUGCUUUUUCCCGCAAUAUGCAUUGCGUUUUAUUAAAACGCCAAUGUUCAUCUUAAAUUCAGCCUACGAUGUAUUCCAGUUCCAUCAUGGACUGGUACCACCUUCUGCUGACCCGACUGGGCGUUGGAACCGCUGCAAGCUUAAUGUGACAGCAUGUAAUCCACACCAGCUCGAUGCACUUCAAGGCUUUAGGACAGACAUGUUGGGAGCAUUAAUGAAUUUCUUCAGAAAUUCUACUAGAGGAGGAAUGUUUAUAAACUCCUGCUUUGAUCAUUGUCAGAGUGCUUUACAGGAAACUUGGCUCUCUCCUACUUCACCCAGGAUCCACAACAAGACAAUUUCUAAGAUUGUCGGAGAUUGGUAUUUCGGGAGAGGUGAUGUCGUGAAAGAAAUAGAUUGCCCAUAUCCGUGUGAUAAAACGUGCCAUAAUCUCAUUCCAGCUUCUACUACAGAUUCUUUGGCUCCCAAUGCUCCAGAUCAUAAAUCUCUCGGUACAGGAAGCCAAGUUCUUCUAAAUGAUCUUAUAUCGUGAUAGUAGAAUAAUCAAGAUUGCAGUGGUCAAAUAUAAUCCAAAUGUGACUAAAAAAAUUAUGUGCUAGUUUGCCAACAUUGCAGUUAUUCCAGUUACCAACGUCAAAAACUAUAAAAAGAAAAAAAUAUCAUCUCUUUCGUUAUUUCAAAUAGA